AAAUUAAACUCAUUAAUGGGUUACAUCCCAACUUUUAGGAGUUUUCUUAGAUUAAAAAAAAAAACGUAUACUAAAUAUAUAGCAUAUUUUAGGAGUUUUCUUACCUAAAGUCAUUUUUUAAAAAUAAAUCAUAACAACUUGCACGAUAAAUAAGUUUUGAAACUACUUAGGUUUGGUAGAAACUCCUACUUUUAUAUUGUAUUCACAACAUUUACCCUCAUACAAUAGGAAUAGGUGUUGAUUUUUUACCCUAAUUUCUAUAUAGUAUAAAGAUGGACAAUUUCAAUGAUGAUGGUGAUUAUGAUAAUGAUGGUAAUUAUGAUAAUGAUGACUUAAUGGCAGCAGCAGUGGCAGGAGCAAUUUAUGCAGAAAAUUACCUAAAUAAACAACCAUGUAGGACAUCUGCUCUCACAGGACAUCAAUGGAUGUUAGAAUUGCAACAUGGUAAUGCUACAAGAAUAUAUGAAAAUUUUAGAAUGGACAGGGAUGUUUUUUAUCAAUUGUGCAAUUUAUUAGAGACUAACUAUGAACUACAAAGUGGGAAAAAAGUUGGGGUUCAACAACAAGUUGCUAUUUUUGUAUUUAUUGUUGGUCAACAUGCAAACAAUAGAAAUGCUCAAGAAAGAUUUCAAUUAUCGGGUGAAACUAUUUCAAAAUACUUCCACUCUGUUUUAAAAGCGUGUGUGAAAAUGUCCGUGGAUUGGGUGAAGCCUUGGCAGAGAAAUGGGGUUCAUCCGUACAUAAAGAAUAGCCGAAAAUAUUACCCUCAUUUAAGAAUUGCAUUGGGGCAAUUGAUGGAACACAUAUCAAAGCUCAUGUGGAAGCAGAAUACUUAUCCCGUUUCAUAGGUAGGAAGGGAUAUGCUACACAAAACAUAUUGGCAGUGUGUGACUUUGACAUGUGUUUCACAUUUUGCUUACCUGGUUGGGAGGGAAGUGCACAUGACACGCGAAUUUUUUGGGAUACAAUUAGGAAUCCAAACAAUAAUUUUCCAUAUCCAGAAGGAGGUAUGUAUGUAACAAAAAUUAAGAUUUAUUCAUUUAUUCUAUAUUAGUUAUAUUUGUAAUGAGUUCAUAUUUUACUUUGUAGAUGAGUAUUAUUUGGUUGAUUCUGGCUAUCCAAACACAAAGGGUUAUCUUGCGCCAUACAAAGGGAAGAGAUAUCAUUUAGCUCAAUUUGACCACCGGCCUCCUCAAACUGCACAUGAAAAAUUCAACAAAACACAUUCAUCACCCAGGAGAGUAAUAGAAAGAUCAUUUGGUGUUUGGAAAGCAAGAUGGCCUUUUAUGAAAGAUAUUCCAUGCAAUUAUAAUUUUGUUUGUCAAUGACAACUUGUUUGUACUACUAUGGUGAUCCACAACUUCAUUAGACGAACUAAGUUAAGGGAUAUUCCAUUUGACUCUUAUGAAAAACAUAUUGAGUAUGUCCCUGUUGACGAGGAAGCAGUGGUAGGGGAAGACCGACAUGGGCAUCCGGUUCGUAAUGAUGAUUAUGAGAUGGAUUCAAGAAGAUAUGAGAUUUUAAUGUCAAUUUCUCAAGGAAAUAAUUAUUAAAAUAUAAUAAAUUUAUUUUUGUGUAAUAUUUAUUUCAUUGUAUUAUUAUUUAAAAAUGAUAGGGUUAUGUUAA